AAAUUGAACAGAAAUCGAAGUUCCCAGAAAUUGAACAGAAAUCGAAGGGUUCUGAGAUUGCAGGAAUGAUGGGAUCUGGAAAGACAACUGUAGGGAAGAUUCUGUCACAAGUGCUUUGUUAUUCGUUUUUUGAUAGCGAUACAUUGAUUGAGGAGGAGGUUGAUGGAACUUCAGUAGCUGAUAUAUUCAAGCACUAUGGAGAGACUUUUUUCCGUGAUAAAGAGACUGAGGUGUUGCGGAAGUUGUCAAUGACGCAUAGACAUGUUAUAUCCACGGGCGGAGGUGCUGUUGUGAGGCCUAUUAAUUGGAAAUAUAUGCACAAAGGGGUUAGCAUAUGGUUGGAUGUACCUGUAGAAGCAUUGGCUCAGAGAAUAACAGCUGUAGGAACUAAUUCUCGCCCACUUCUACAUUCUGAAGUAGGAGAUGCAUACACUAAGACUUUCAUGCGUUUGUCUUCUCUUUUUGAAGAACGAAGCCAAGCAUAUGCAAAUGCCAAUGCCAAGGUCUCCUUAGAAAAUAUAGCAGCAAAACUGGGCCAAAAAGAUGUAUCAGAUUUGACUCCAACUGCUAUUGCAAUUGAGGCUCUGGAACAAAUCCUAGGCUUUCUAAAGAGUGAAGAUGGAUAUUGCUAGCUCAAGCUGGUUAUAAUUUCUCUUCAAACCUCAUUUAGUGCAGGAGAAUAUGCUUUUCCUUUGUGUUUGGAAAGAAUUGAUGUAAUGCGGCACCAACAUGGCACAUAUUUAAUGUU